CAAACAAAACGUCUUUGACAGAAAAGAUGAGCGGAAGCACCUCCGGCAGUGGAGGUCCGUGCGGCGCAUGUAAGUUUCUCCGGCGGAAAUGCGUGGCUGAAUGUGUCUUCGCUCCCUACUUCGAUUCGGAGGAAGGGACGUCUCAUUUCACGGCGGUUCACAAAGUUUUCGGGGCGAGCAACGCCUCCAAGCUCCUCAUGAUGAUUCCGGCCAGCCGGAGACUGGACGCCGUCGUCACACUUACUUACGAGGCAUUGGCUAGGCUUCGCGAUCCCGUCUACGGUUGCGUUGGUCAUAUUUUCGCCCUUCAACAUCAGGUGAUGAAUCUACAGGCGGAGUUAGCAUACGUCCAAACUCAACUUUCAACCUUACAAGGCCUUCCUCCGCCGAAUCCUCAAAACAAUUCACGGACAGAAGCAGCCUCUUCAUCUAAUGCGCCACUCAUUCCUUCCGUCGACAAUAAAAGCAUUGUGUCUUCGGCGUCGUUACACAUUCCUUGUAUGUCACAACAACAACAACAAGAACAGCCAAAAGAAGCUAUUGAGGUCUCAACAGAGUUAGUGGAUUUUAGCACAUUGUUUGGCCUGGAAGAUCCAGUGGAUGAGGACGGUGAUCUGAACGCUCUUGCCCGUGAGUUCUUGUCUAAGUAUUUGACCGGAGGCAAAUGCCGUCCAUCUUCUCCAAUCUAACCAUGUUAACCUUUGAGACAUUUAUUAGGAACUGUUUAUGUUGUACUAACCGGAUUGCUCUGUAACUUAAAAGGGGCGUUAAUAGAUUCUAUUGGAUUUG